AUGAAGGAGGGCCAGGCGAGCAAAGAGGAGCAGGUGGACGAAAGCGUGCUGAGGAAAUACGACGUUUUGAGGAAAAUAGGAAAAGGGGCGUACGGGGUGGUGUACAAAGCCAGGUGCAAGAAAAACAGAAAAAUUGUGGCAGUGAAAAAGAUUUUUGGAGCAUUUCAAAACUCUACGGAUGCGCAGAGGACCUUCAGAGAGAUUAUGUUCCUCCACCAGCUGAACGGGCACGACAAUAUCAUCACCCUGAUGGAUGUAAUAAGAGCGAAAAAUGAUAAUGACAUUUACCUGGUGUUUGAUUACAUGGAAACAGAUUUACAUGAAGUGAUAAAGGCAGAUUUGCUGGAAGAAAUCCACAAGAGGUAUAUCAUUUACCAACUGUUGAGGGCUCUCAAGUACAUUCACUCUGGGAUGCUACUCCAUCGGGAUAUUAAACCCUCAAAUAUAUUGCUGAAUUCAGAGUGCCAUAUAAAAGUAGGAGACUUUGGUUUGGCUAGGAGUAUAUCCACUGAUCUAAGUGAAAAUAAAAUUCCCGUUCUGACGGAUUACGUGGCUACCAGGUGGUAUAGGGCACCGGAAAUUCUGCUCGGAAGUACCAAUUACACGGAAGGGGUUGACAUGUGGUCUCUUGGCUGCAUCAUGGGGGAGCUUCUCCUCGGGAGACCUCUCUUCAGGGGUAACUCCACGAUGAACCAGCUAGAAAAAAUCAUCCAAGUGAUUGGAAAGCCAACAAAGAAAGAUAUGGACGAUAUAAAGUCCCCCUUUACAGACACAAUUAUAUCCUCCUUUGUUAAUAUUAAGAGGAAGAAUUUUUCAGAAAUAUUUGCAAAAGCUUCUGUGGAGGCAGUUGACCUUCUGAAGCGGCUCCUACAGUUCAAUCCCACCAAACGGAUCAGCGCGGAGGACGCUCUGCGGCACAAGUACGUCGAGCAGUUCCACUCCAUUAUCGACGAGCCCGUGUGCAAACGCAUCAUCACCAUCCCCGUGGACGACGGCACCAAGUACCGAGUCAGCUUCUACCGGAACAUCGUCUACUACGACAUCAUGCGCAGGAAGGGCUGCCGCCCGGGGGGGGGCCAAAAAGGGGUCGAACGAGCGGUCGAACGAGCGGUCCAACAAGCGGGUCAACAGACGGGCCAACAAGCGGGUCAACAGACGGGCCAACAAGCGGGUCAACAGACGGGCCAACAAGCGGGUCAACAGACGGGCCAACAAGCGGGUCAACAGACGGGCCAACAAGCGGGUCAACAGACGGGCCAACAAGCGGGUCAACAGACGGGCCAACAAGCGGGUCAACAGACGGUCCACCAAUCGGUUGAUGAUGCCCCUUCCGGUGAGGUGGCGGACACCCCUCUAAGUCGCUGCGCCAGCAAGGGGAAGGCACAGUCAACCGCGGCGAGGAUCACCCCGCACGAAGGAAAAUGUGCCCCAAAAAUUAGGAGCACGCAAAGUAUACACCAGGGGGGAAGCGGUGGAAGUGGCGGACGCGGUGAAAGCGGCCGACGUGGUGAAAGAGGCCGACGUGGUGAAAGCGGCCGACGUGGCAUACAUGACGCAGAGACCAGCCGCGAUAACAAAUCGGCGAAGUGUCAGCCGAAGAGGAGCAGCAAAAGGGAGGGCCCCCAGGAGAGGCACAACGGGAAGGAAUGCGGCCACCCGAAUGAGAAACACUACUACGAGGUUGCUUCUGAAGGCAAAGAGGUGAGAAGCGCGCAAGUGGAGAGUAGGGGGAGUAGGACCAAGGCGUUUAACGGAGAUGCGGCGGGGAAGCUCCACAAAGGGGCCAGUGAGAGGGGAAAAGCCGUCGCGUCAGCGGCGUCCGUCGGUGUGACCAGAAGGAACGAUGAUAAGGGAGGGACUACGGGGGGGAGAAAGGUCCACGGAAAAACUGCCAGCGUAGUUAGAGGAGAGCACAUGGUCAGGAGCGUGGACGGGCGCGCAGACAGUCGAGCAGUCAGACGAGCAGACAGUCGAGCAGACAUACGAGCAGACAAACUGGUGCGAAGCCACUUGGUGAGCGCGGCCGACGUGGAGGCGGCGAAACCGGGCCCCCCCAGAGUGCAGCCCGCCGCGCCCCAGAAGGAGGAAGCGGCCAAGUGGAGGAAGCGCGGGGGGGGAAAAGCGGGUGCAGCGGGUGUAGCGGCGAGGCGCGUUGACUUUUGCGGCGCCCACUGCCACGGCAUCACAGCAACUGCAGAAAAGAAGAGCUUAAAAAAGUGA